UUUCAGAAUCUAGCUUGCAUUGUGGCGAAGCUAAUGAAACAGCUCAGCCACACUCAUGGUCAUCAACUGAGUUUACUGAAUGCAUUUCUAAUUUAGACCCUUUCUUUUAAAGACAUUAAACAUGGGGACUUUCUCAGACCAGAAGGAAGGGUACUUGCAAAAUAGGCAUUCACAAAAGGGCAAGACAUCCGCCUUCAUUCCAGACAUGGAGCUCAAAGAGGAAUGGCAGGACGAGGAAUUUCCCAGGCCCAUUCCUGAGGACUCAGAGAAUCAUGGUGAUGAAGAGGAAAGCCCUGGAGCUGAGGGAAACGGGCCUGUCCCACCGACCAGCCUGGCUCUGACAGGUGAUACUGUUAGGAAGAAGCGACUUGUGGCGCCCACUCUCAGUCUAACUUUGGACAAAACCUCUACUGACCGGAGCAUGAAAUCAGAUGAGUUUGAUACCUCUGCCCUUUCACCAUCUGUUGAAGAUGACCUAGAGAUGGACAUUAACCUGGAGGCCUUAGAGACGCCCUCAGACAGCGAGUCUUACAACUUUCCAGACAGCAUGCAUGACUUGGAAUGGGAAGAUGAUCUUCCCAGAAUGGGCAAGGCGGCAAUCAGAAAAGCCAGUUUGCUUGAGAAUGCAGAGAUGGGACACUUGGAAUUAGAUCAGGUGGAUAACCAUGGUCGCAGAUGGCGACGAUUCCAUAUUGGUGGGCUGGACUACCAAGUCAACAUGAGCGUUUUGGAGCCUUACCUCCAAGUUCUCUCCCAUGGAGGGUAUUAUGAGGAUGGAUCGACAGCCAUCAUCAUGUUUACCUCCUGCUACCUACCAGAAAAUACAUCAGAACACUAUGAGUAUGUGAUGGACAAUCUUUUCAGGUACAUCAUUGGCACGUUGGACUUGAUGGUGUCUGAGAAUUACAUAUUGAUCUACCUGUGUGGAAUGGCUCCUCGCAAUAAGAUGCCUGGCAUUAAGUGGCUCAGACAGUGUUACAUGUCCAUUGACAGAAGGUUAAGGAAAGAUCUAAAAGGGCUUUUUGUGGUUCACCCAGCCUGGUACGUGAGAGCUUUAAUUACCGUCAUCAAACCAUUUAUCAGUGAGAAAUUUAGCAGGAAGAUGCGCUUCAUUCACAGCUUGCAGGAACUGGCUGAGUUUGUUCCUGUGGACCAGCUGCAAAUCCCAGACUGCAUCAGAGAGUAUGAUGAGCGGAUGAACAGGUGAAGGUGUCCAAUGGAAACGCAGAGGUGUACAUACUGUACAGAUGUUACAUUGGGGUGAUGUGGGAAACUGAACUGACUGAGGUUAAAGGUCAAGUGUUAGGACACAUGCUCUAAUGACAGAAAAACUGCUUCCUACCCGAAUUAGGUGAAAUACAAAAAGACAGUGGUCCUUUUGAGAGGCCCAUCUGUGGGUCACUGAGGUGAGUUAGGAGACCUCUGCAAGCAACAUGAAAGACUGUUUUACGUCAUUGUAUUUAAACUGUUAUACAAAAACAUGUAAUGUUUUCCUGGACUGUUGGAUAUAUGACAAAGCACCCUUCAUGUAUUUUUGUUUUUUUAAGCAAUAUUAUGGCAUGUUACUAAAGUUAAACUUAUUGUUACAUGCAUAACCAGGCCAAAUAGGAGAGGUAUUUCAAGGCUACUAUCAAAAUAAACAUUUUAAUUUUGAACUUGGCCACACCAGACUAGCAUACUAAAAUGGUAUGGGUAAAACCCAUAUAGGUUUUACUUUGUUGUUUCAUGCCCUAAAAGGUUUUAUUACAAUGUCCCAUUGUAAGUGCAGUGCUUUAUCUGACACUGAAUUCAUGUGAACCAUGAUAAUAAUAAUAAAAAAAAGUAAAGCUUACUUUUCGUGAUUCUCACGAAACCUGUCAAGAAAUGUACCUGGUCCUAUUUUACUCUAAAAUCAAAAGAAACAAAUAAGAAAUUAUAUUUUGCAUAUAGAAGUCAUUACCCUUACUUAAUUGAAUUUGAACUUAAUUGAACUUAAUAGAUUUUACAAGCAAUUUAAUUUCAUUCAAAUUAAGUCAGUUUCGUUCAGCCAACAUAAUUUAAUUGAAUUAGGUCAAAUCAACGUACUAUAGUAGUUUUAACUUAAUGUAUUUUAUUAAUCAUUUGUAUAUGCCACUUAAGCACAAGCAGCAAUCUUUACCACAAUGGUAACCCCCAAAAAACUACAGCCUAACAGGCACUUUUUUAAAAUACCAAUAUAACAGAACAUUAAACGUUAAGAAAUCUCUUGCUAUACGCAUUUUAAAAAAGAACUCUUAAUUACAACAUUUGUUCACGCCAUCCAGUCCCAAUGUAAAUCCCCUGCCCAGUUUCAUUAAUGCCACAAAAAAUAUUCAUGUAGUCCAAACUCAAAUGGAUUAAGUAAACUUCAAUUUUACAAAUUUAAUUGGAUAGAUUUUAAUUAAGAUUUUUCACCUUGCGAGAUUAUUUUCAUAAAAGUUAAGCACAUUUUACCUCCAAUAUGAUAUUGUCAUAAAUUAAAUGAAAUGUUUUUUACAUUGCUGUAAAGUAUAUAAACAUCAUAGUAAUACUCUGUAGGUACUGCCUAUUAUUUUCACUGAUUUUAAGUAAAAAAAAUAAUCAUACAAAAGCAUCUUUUUUACUGUAAUACUGUAAAAAAUGACUUAUAGUAAUGAGAAUCUUCAUUGAAAAUAAUGGGGAUUAACUUAUAUUAACAUACAUGACUUUAAUGUUAAAAUGUAGAAAAAAUACAUUAAUAAAUAUAAAAAAAGUGCACUUAGUUUUAAUGUGAAAAAACGAAACAAAAAAACAAUGGCAAUAGUAAAAGUUAAAUGUCUUGACGUGUUAUUGUAAUGAGAAUCGGGGUAAAAUGUGCUUAAGUGUCCUGAAAAUAAUUUCAAAAGGCUAAAAAUCUAAAUGGUACUAAAUUAAGGCUUCAUUUUCUUUAUGCAAAAUUGUAUUUCUUUCUCUUUCUUUUUCUCUUUUUUUUUUUUUUUUUUUUUUUUUUUUUUUUGUUAUUGAUUUAGGGUUAAAUAUGACCAGGACAUUUAAGAAGUUCCAUGAGAAUCCCCCAAUUCUUCAAAGUACUAUCUGUCUUUUGUCUUUGUCUUUUGUAUGUCCCUCUUUGCAACUUCUCUGAAAAGUUUUAUUGAAUUGUUUUGUAUAUUGCAUAAUGCAGAUUAUAUUUCAUACCUGAGCAUUUAAUCAUCCAUGAAUGUAGUUAUAACCGGUUACCAGCAUUUAAAAAUAAUGUUUUCACACCGGAACAAUUGAAAAUCACUUCUUUACGGUUUUCGGUUACGUUCUGCCCAAAGUUUUGUUCAUUUUCGGUUUUUUGUUCCUUUAACUGUUUUUAGUCCCUGAUAUUAACAUAUGAAAUAUAUAAUGGGUCAGGGUUUUCUUAGGGAACUUGGCAGGGAAAUGUUUUCUUUUACUCAGCUGCUGCUGCCUUUAAAGUGCAUUUAACAGACUCUCCUAUGUGCAAAUAUUUAAACAACCUGAACUUUCAAAACAGACAUAUACUACAGGGAUGUCUUGUCUAUGAUAUUUAUGUCAAUAAAUGGUUAUUAAACA